AUGUCUACUCAUACGCAAGGCAGUGCUAAACACGAUGAUCGCGACGUUGACUGCAUUCGGAAACUACCUGCGCUGCCAGUCUUCAGAUCAUCGACGCAGCACCUUCCUCCGGGGGAGCAAGCAGCCGUAUCUAUGUUGCGAGCGAAGUACAUAACGCACGCGUAUGGUCUGGCGGAAGACGACAUCAAGCUUUGCACGCCCAAGUUUUGGAGCGUCCACGUCGACCCCAUCACCUGUCUUGACGGCGCCGCAACCACUCUGAUGACCAUUCAACUCAAUCUCGCCGCUGGGACCAUAGCGCGGUACGUCGACGAGCAACCCCACCAUCGCCAUCUGCUUCAAAGCAUGCUUCGGUUCGACGUUUCCGGUCAAUUCUGUUUGACAGAGCUCGACCACGGCCUCGACGCCCUGAAUAUCGAAACUACGGCUACCAUGCUUCCCGAAGGAGGCUUCGAGUUAUGCACACCCCAUCCUGGUGCAGCUAAAUUCAUGCCGCCUACGUACCCUUGCGGAAUACCUUGCUUUGCUGUCGUAUUCGCGCGGUUGAUGUCUCUCGAGGGAGAGUUUUGCGGCAUCAAGCCGUUUGUCGUCCAGCUCUCCGACGGGACGUCUAUGAUGCCUGGCAUAACAUGUAGGCAAGUCACUAUGCCUUCGUUAUUGCCCCCACGGCGAAGCGCCUCCCAUAUCCGGCAUUCCUUGACCUAUUUCGACGGUAUGCAUUUACCCGACAACGCCAUUCUUGGAAGUACCGACCCGUCAUAUAACCAUCGCCUCGAAUUCCUCCAAUCGAUCUGGAGAGUCGCCGCAGGAUCACUCGGACUCGGCUCCAUCGCCAUCCCUGCCUUGCAGAUUGCCGCCUUCAUCGCAGGUCGAUACAGCCAACGUCGCACCGUCCACAGCACCACCCAUCGUAGCUUCGAUGGCCUCACCACGCGCGUGCCGAUAAUCUCUUUCAAAACGCAGCAAGCGCCGAUACUCAUCGCGUUAUGUCAGUCGUUCGUGUUGAAGGAGUUUUGGAACGUCGCCACGGCGCUGUUUAGCGAUGAGAGUGAGGACCCGAGGGUGCGCCAUGGAGUGGCGGCGGCGUUCAAGGCGAUUGCCGUCCAGCAUUCGCAAGCGGCGCACCUAGCGCUGUCAGAGCGAUGUGGUGCUCAAGGGUUGUUUGACUACAACCAGAUAUGUACGCAACAUGCGGAGAUGAGGGGUAUUGCUAUAGCUGAGGGUGACAUAUUGGGACUGUCUAUCCGUCUUGCCUCAGAAUUGGUGCUUGAGAGAUAUGAAUUACCACCCCCAGUCCAACCAGACAGUCUUCUCGCCUCGCACGAACUGGGGCUCCUCUCUCACUGUCAAAAAAUUCUCGCCCGUGCUGGCGACCACCGCAGUGAAGAAUAUUCCCGCCACCUCCUCCCUCGCGCCGAGAAGAUCGUGCAAAGCAUCGGCCACAGAAUGGCUUACGACGCUGCCAUCAGUGCCGCAAUACCGCUGGAUAAACGCAUCACCGAUCUAUACCUUUGGUCUACAGUGAGACUCGACGAGGCGUGGUAUAGCGAGAAUAUGGGAAUUUCAUCCGAGCUGCAGUUUACGAAGGAGGAUGAGGCGUUACGGGAGGCGCUACCGAUCCUGGAUAGGUGGCUUGAUGAUACUGGUGUAGAGCCGUAUGUCUCUGCUCCUAUAGUAUCUCAAGACCGAUGGGAAGGCUUUGUUUCCGGGUUGGAAUGUGUUCGUGGACCGCGGAGUUCUUUACCAGGAGACAGAAUAUCGGCGCGACUAUAG